AUGUCGGCAACACCACCAUCAAGCCCGACGUCGACGCAAGCCGUCGUUACUGUCGAGGCGUUGACGACGACCUUUACACCACCGGCGACAUGUAACGAGAUGCAACUGUCGGUCAUGUCCUCCCCAUACUAUCAAGUAUGGCUUAAUGAACCACAACCGGUCCCGGGGACCCGAUACCCCAACUGCUACCCGUCCGAGUUUCUAAAAGACUACACCAGCGAGUUUAACAAGACCAGCUCGAUUGCGCCGUUGAUGAGCCCGCUGGUGGCUCCGGUCAAUUGGGUCACAGUGCAAGAGUUGGACAAUGGCUACAUUGCAUUAUGUCCCUCGGGCUUUGGCAUCCAUCUUCCAGACUCGCCAGUUGACAGUAACCGACCCGCUUAUGGCGCUACGUGUUUCAGCCAGUUCACGGGUGGGAAAACCCUCACACUCAGUGGCUUCGAUGAUGAAGGCUUCACGGGGACAGUAGCACUUGCUUUCAAAGCCACAGACCAGGCGUACGCCCACCCAAUAGACGGGAAGAAAGCCAGCAUUACAGCCACUUCGACGAGCACACCGUCCGCUGCUGGUGUCACUGCUACCUCAUCGGCAGAUGCCACCGAGGAUACCUCGGACUCGACGAGUCGACUCAGUGGCGGCGCCAUUGCUGGAGCUGUAGUCGGCUCUGUAGCCGGGCUCGCCCUCAUUCUUUUAGCCGUGUUCUUUCUGUUCCGCCGGCGGCGCAACAGCCAAAGCCAACCCUACCCUGAAACGGGCGCAUAUGACCAACAAACCAACAAGGAGCUUCCUGAGAUCCCCCCGGGCGCCAAUGACAGCCCUGCGACACCGUAUAGCCAUGCAACACCGUAUAGCCAUGCGACGCCGUAUAGCCACGCGCCGCCGCAGUACCACCAGUAUGGGGUAGCUGAAUUACCCGCAGCACAAUAUGUCGAAAUGGAGACCCCGCAAGGUCCGACCUCCCAGUUACGAGAGAUGGAGGGCGGGUGGCACGGAAGCGAGCUAGGAGCAGAGGGCACAGCCGGGCUUAAAGAGUCCCGUUUGGGUGAUCCUGGAUACAAGUAA